AUGUAUCAGCAAUUUGUCGUCUCCGCAAUCACCUUUAUUGUAUCAUUAAUAGGUAUCCUCUCAAAUAUAGUUUUAGUCCUUGCAAUCCGUAAAACGUACUCCAUGAAUGGCUCUUUUGGGAUAAUCACUAAAAACCAAGCAAUUUGUAAUAUCCUGACCUGUGCAAUAUUUCUAGUGUAUGUUUUCCCUUUACAAGUUAGAUACUCACCUCCUAUGAUUCACAUCUCACAUUAUGUUGGAAACACUUGCAUGACAAUUUACGAGAUUUCGAAUUUAUCUCAUUUAUUGAUUGCUCUCAAUCGAUUCUGCGUGCUAUUUUUUCAGCAUCGAUAUGAGCAACUUUUCAGUAACCCGAACACAGUAAUCAUGCGGAAUUACUUGUGGAUAACUUGUAUUAUAUUUUGUGCAGUCUGCUAUGAGUUCUCCAAGUGCUUCCUCAAAUACAACCCCAACCACUGGUCAUUCGAAUUUGAGAAUUCGGAUUUUUGCGAUUCUCUGAUCUGGUAUUCGGAUUUCCUUUUCAACACGGGAAUCGAUAUAAUCACUUUGUUUCUGAAUUUACUGACUGCUUACAAAGGAAGAAAACAGUCACGAGUUCUGAUAAAUGCGGCCGGAUUGAAAGUUUCCGCGAUUCAACGGAGAAGAGAAUGGAAUUUUGUGAAGCAGACCUGUUUUCAAGGCUUAUCGAUAUUUACAGGCCAGGUUGCUUUUUAUUUUGUGGCUCCAGUCAUUGAUGCAGACUGGGUCAUUGCUCAAUUUAUUGCUGCUACUUUUUGGGUGUUUAUCCAUGCCGCAGAGGGAGGAAUAAUUUUGGCGUCUAAUGGAGAACUGAGAGCUGCUUUUAAGAAAGGUAUCAGCCAAUUUAUUCAUUUCACUUAA